CUAGUGUCGAGUAGAAAAACUAAAAUUCUGAAACGUCAACAUGAUCGUGAUGGAAUCUGCUAAUCAAAUUGUGAAUUUUCAUUGAUUUUUGUUAAAUUUACGUCGGAAUUAACGAAUAUUGUAAUAAAAUUUGGAAUUUUGUAGUGUGACUUUACGUGCCAUGUGAUGGAAAUAUGUGGUUCGUUAGUAAUUGCUCAAAUAACAUAAAGUGAAAGAAGUUGUUGAUGGUGAUCAUUUUUUAAGUAUUAAAAAAUAGCAAAAUGUCACUGCCCGGGAAUGGAAUCUUCGUGGUGCAGGGCGAGAUGGCAAUGCUCGUCACUGCCAUGCGACGGAGUACACGUUGGGGCUCACACUCCUUCCCCAACGAAGAGUAUGAUGUGUUGAUGAGAACCUUUCAAGAUCUGAAGACUAUCUUGAACCAAGUGGAUGAUUUGAGGCUCUUGGACCCAGCUACGUACCUGAGCCCCUUCCUGGAAGUUAUAAGAAGCAAGGAGACCACUGGUCCUGUCACUAGUUUAGCUCUUUCAGCCAUACACAAGUUUCUAUCAUAUGGUCUUAUUGAUCCGACUCACCCCAGCGUGCCAGCGACGGUGGAAGAUAUAGCUGAUGCUGUCACCCACGCUAGAUUUGUUGGCACCGACCACUCUUCAGAUGGCGUUGUGCUCAUGAAGAUAUUACAGGUACUCCGCACAUUAAUGCUGAGUCCUGAAGGCGCCAUGCUGACGGACGAGAGCGUCUGUGAAAUCAUGCUCAGCUGCUUCCGAAUUUGUUUCGAAACUAGACUCACAGAAUUGCUUCGUCGGAACGCGGAACAAUGUCUUCGGGAUAUGACGCAGUUGAUCUUCAUGCGGCUGCCGCAGUUCCCGCCAGAAGAUACCGCUUCUGCCAGUUUUUCUACUGUUGGCCUGUCACUUAAGAAGAGGGAGAAGACCAGCAAGAAGAAAAGCUUGACAAGUGUUAACAGUUCAAAUUCAUUGGAAAGAAAGUCGUCUAUAAGCGAACAGCCGAGCACAACUACUACUGAGCUAGAAUCUGAAAAUGAUGCCAGUAAAACUGACAUCAGACAUAAUCAAGACAAACACCUGAUCAACGAGGCAGAAAUAACAAUAGAACCAGUAGACUCCGUGAAGUCUCCUAUUAAGAAACAUGGCCGCCACUCUUCAAUGGACUUGGCUGCCAAUGGUAACACUUCUAUUACUCAGCUGCUGGAGAAGUGUGUCAGUGCUGAUGUAGCUGAUGAGAAGGUGGAACCUGAGAAGAGUGAGGAUGUACAGGAGGUUGAGGAUAAGAAGGAAGAGGAAACAGCCCCAGAACCGGACGGCAUCGAGCAUAUAGAACCAGUAACAACUCCUGAGGCACCAGUCGAGGACAGUGGAGACAAGCCGGCAGAAUACGUGAACCACCGCGGCAUCAGGUUCACUCCUCAGGACGACGCCAACUUGCAGCCUUAUGGCCUGGUUUGCGUCAGAGAGCUGUUUAGGUUUCUGAUCUCCCUGUGCAAUCCACUGGACAGUCAGAACACUUCAGGCAUGGUACACCUAGGCCUAUCACUAGUGGGGACAGCUCUUGAAGUCUCUGCAGACCAGCUGGCUCAAUACCCAUCACUGCUUUACCUGGUCAAAGACCCGUUGUGCAGGAAUCUGUUGAGUUUGCUGAGCACAGAAAGGAUAUCAAUAUUCGCCCUCGACCUUCAAGUAUCCUUCCUCCUAUUCGAGGCUCUCCGCACACACCUCAAGUUUCAAAUGGAGGCAUUUUACAAGAAAAUCAUUGAAAUUAUAUCAGCUGACACAACUAAAGCCAUUUACGAGCUCAAAGAGAUCCACCAUCUUGCUUUAGAAAGUCUUUCGCAAAUGUUCAGGAUACCCGGUCUUUGUGCGGAGUUAUACUUAAACUAUGAUUGCGAUAUAUAUUGCAUGAAUGUUUUCGAAGAAAUUACGAAAUUGUUGUCCAAAAAUGUUGUUUCUUCUACCGCUUAUAAUAUUCACUCUCUGUCUUUAGAAGCUUUAAUGACGGUAGUAGAAGCCGUAGAGAUGGGUUGUAAUCAAAGUAAGGAGAUUAAACAAGAGAUUGAGAUACCCAAUGGGGAAGAAGAGAAAGAGAAAGACGGGAGGGGGGGUCACGUGUCUCUAGAGUUGGGAGGCUUAGAUGAUGUUUCAGUAGUUAGCGAUCAUGUAACUCACGAUAUAAGUCAGUAUUUCACGUGCGGGAGAGCGGGCAGGCAUAAACCUUCGACGGAUUUACCCACGGAAGCGGAAUUAGAUAAUAUUAAGAAUAUGAAAAAGUGGGUGACUCAAGGCACAGAGAUGUUCAACCAGAAACCAGAGCGAGGCAUAGAAUUUCUGCAAGAACAUGGGGUAUUAGCCACUCCAUUGGAUCCUCACGAAGUCGCCAUGUUUUUGAGAGAAAACCCUGAUCUCGAUAAGAAAAUGAUUGGUGAAUUCAUAUGCAAGCGUUCUUCCCGUGGCGAGGACGAAGACGGAGGCCCAUCAGUCCUGGGCGCCUUCGCAGACAGCUUUGAUUACGCAGGCCUGCGCAUUGACCAGGCGCUCAGAUUAUACCUGGAGACUUUCAGACUGCCGGGCGAAGCCCCACUUAUCUUUCUGGUCAUGGAGCGAUUUGCGGAGAGGUGGCAUAGCACAAACGGCGAGCCUUUCGCGAACACAGAUGCCGCAUUCCGACUAGCUUACGCCGUAAUAAUGUUGAACAUGGACCAACACAACCACACGGCUAAGAAACUUAACGUGCCCAUGACUGUCGAAGACUUUGUGAAGAAUCUAAGAGGAUGCAAUGGCUCUGGAGACUUCGAUCAACCAAUGCUGGAAGCUGUGUUCCAUUCUAUAAAGAGCGAAGAGAUGGUGAUGCCGGCAGAGCGCACGGGCGCGGUGCGGGACGCGUACCUGUGGCGCGUGCUGCAGCGGCGCGGCGCGGGCGAUGCCGCGCUGUACCGCGCCGUGCCCGCCACGCAUGCGCACCACGCGCGGCUGUUCACUGUCGCGUGUCCGCCUACGGUCACAGCGCUUUCAGCGGCUUUCGAGCGCUCAACGCCACCGACACCAGAGGAGAUGGAAAGCAAUCGCAUACGCGACAGCGGGGCGCUUCUAGCGCUGAACGGCUUGGAGCGGUGCGCAGCGCUUAUCGCUAGAUUGCCACCGGACAAUAUCACUCUUGAUACUUUGCUGUUGACUCUGUGCAAGUUUACUGGCUUGCUGUCGCCGCAGCAUGCUAAUUAUAUUGCUAUAGGUGUAUCACUAGGCCAAUCCAGUAAGGCACAGUUAGCAUUACGCCGCGCAUGCGCGGUAGCGGCCCGACACGCUGACUGCAUACGUGACGCUUGGCGACAUCUAUUGGAAAUUGUCAAAACGCUGUACAUUGGACGAUUGUUACCUAAGUGCCUCGUAGAAGCUGAAGAUUAUCUAGCCCCGAAUGGUACCGUCUCCCUCAUCAGAGAAGCAGCCAGAGGGUCGGAAGCCGGGCUACUAUCCAGUCUCUACUCUUAUAUCGCGCUUGGCGAGACAGGUAUGCGUGCUCCGACUCCUCACGAGAAGGCGUUGAUCGAUGCAGCAAUGGAUUGCGUGGCUAAGUGCAACCUGCCGGGGCUGCUCAUCGCAGAAACUAAGUUCCUACAGAUUGAUAGUUUGCAGGAGUUGGUCCGCGCAAUGGUGACAGUGGGCACUCCGCCUGAUGCCGAUAGCUUGCAGCUCAACCCUCAGCUCGAAGACAUCACUGUAUUCUUCUUGGAACUGCUGGGACAAACGCUUAUACAGAACAGAGACCGUCUCCUCUCAGUAUGGGACGAAGCCUCACCCCACGUGUCCCGCACAGUCCUAUGGGCUCAGGCCCGCGGUCCGGCAGCCCUGCGGCGCUGCGUCACCGCACUGCUGCGUACCGGCGCCCGCCUCAUGCGCUGCGACGCCGCCGCACCGCACGUACUGCAACACCUCACGUUGCUAUUCCAGCUGCCUUAUAAGCUGUUCUACCAGCAGGCUGACGUGAUCUCGUGUGGCAUGUACGAGAUAGUGAAGACGUCUGCGCAGAACGUGCACAGUGCGCACGAGUGGGACAUCGUGUUCGCGCUGCUGUGUGCCGCCGGCGCCGGCGCAUGGCCCAGCGAUGCGCAUGCUACCAGUCCGGCCGCGUCAAGUCGUUCCGAAGGUUCAGAGGACGAGAGUGAACGUCGGCCUACUAGCGCGUCAUCUGAAAGUGAACUGUCGCAUUCACCGCAAACGCAAGGAUGGAUAUUGGUCAAGAACGAAACGGACACACCAGAUUCAGGCGACUUAGAAACCUUACCAACACUCCGUGCUCACCGCGCCGGCGCACUGGCGCGCUGCUGCGAGGCGCUGGCGCUGGUGGUGCGAGACGUAGCGCACGUCACGCCGUAUAACUGCCGCGCCGCCGUCCGCGCCGUGAGGCUGUUCGCUAGAGCUACCUUACAUGAUGGCAAGAAAUCCAGCAAGUCACGUUCAGGCCGCAAGUCCCGGCCGAGCUCCGGCAGGAGACGCUACGACGACUCCAGUGACGAGGAAGUAGACACCCUCGACCAGUACCACAUGGUCAGCAUACAGCUACUAGAUCUGAUGCACACACUACACAGCCGUACUGCACAAAUAUUUAAAUGGUGGCGAGACGAGGCUGACCAAGGACAGAAUGCCGAAGAAUACGAUUUAUGGGAAGUGGCGUGGAAACCAUUGCUUCAAGGUAUCGCACAAUUCUGCACGGAUAGGCGAAAACAGGUGUCAAACAGCGCUAUAGCAUACCUACAGCGAGCCCUGUUGGUGCCAGGAUUAUCAGCCAUGGGCGGCGGCGGCUGGGAGGCGUGCUUCCACUGCGUGCUGUUCCCGCUGCUCGACCAGCUGCCGCGGCCUGCUGACGCUACUGCCCGCGCUAAUACUAUCAUGUGCAAGGUGUUCCUCCAACAUCUGUCAGCCCUCUCAAGCCGGCCGACAUUCGCAGCACUCUGGUCCCGCGUGGUAGAUGUUGCGCGGGCGCUGGUGUCCGCGUCACCUGACGACCCGCUCACCGAGGCGGCGCUAGAGUCGCUCAAGAACAUGAUACUUGUCAUGGACUCUGUUAGGAUAUUCAGUAAUGGCGAUGGCUAUAAUGAACUCUGGUAUCUCACUUGGGACAAGAUUAACGAAUUCCUACCCAACUUGAAAGAAGAAUUAUUCCCUCAAGUAAAAGACAACGCGAAGCCCCCUUCAAACGUACCAAGCCACAUGCAGCCGCCGCUCCCAACACCACUGCCAACACUCGUCCCCGUUGGGCCCAACAGUACGCCAACACUAGUACCUAUCCCCUCCCAAUCUCCCCCCCAAGCUCACUCACCAACAUCACCACAAACAUUGUCACCAACAUUGGCGCAUUCCCCCGUGAAUCUAGCCCAAACGCCCCCGUUGGUGGCCAAUGCGCCAACGUUGGUAGCUCCUACCCCUAUAAGCGGGAUGGUUCCUAUAAGGAAUCCGUUGUAUGAUCAGGCCGGAUUGACUUCUUCGGUUCUACUGCAACCUUUAAAUGAGAUGAUAUCAACACCCAUUGGCAUGUCGAUGCAAGCUCAAAUCCCGAUGCUGUACCCUCAGAACGUUGACCCCGCCCCCCUGAGCAGGCCAGACCUCAUCCGCCUCGAACAACCCCGCCCAGACAUCGCCCCACCCAACCCCUCCCCGCGGCCAGACCCCACUAUCUACCUAGGCCUAGACCCCACCCAACCGGACAUCACCAGGUCAGAACCACAAAAUAUCAGCAUUAACUAUAAUGAGAAUAUUAUCCCUCAAACUAAAGUCGAACAGACGGAAUUGUAUGCGGAUUAUCUCACAAACCCAUACACAGAAAUUAAAGAUAUAUCAAAAGAAGCCACUAUAUAUGAUCCGGAGAAUCAAACAAUGAUUAAAACUGAACUACAGAAUCCUCUACUUUCUCUUCUGGAUAAAAAGUCUUACAGUGCAAAUGCCACUCCUAUGCACAGUAAUAAUAAGGCUCAAUUUGGCUCAAGCGACAAUGUUAGGCAGGAAUCGGGGAUUUUCAACUUUUCAAGCUAUUUUGGGUCCGUUAGUGAAGGGAUAGGGCCCGGGUCCGAAGUUUUUGAUACCUUAAUGUCGACCCACGAGGGAUAGCUAGACCGAGAUAUGGGUACCUGGUUGUAAGUCUAAAUUGCAUGUGGGUAGUUAGACCAGAUAUCGUGGUUGUUAAAAUUAUUAAUGUUUUUGAUGUAUGCGCCUUUUUAGAGUACUGUGUCCUAUGUUGGAAUUGGAUAAACUAGGUAGGUUUAUUUAGUUGAUAAUUAAACGGUGCAAAAUAAAUGGUCCUCUAUAAAGUGAUGUAACGUGUUUUCUGUUUAGGAUAAAUCGUCAAUUUGUUUAUUAAAAUUGUACUAAAAUCUUUCUGGUCUAAUUACUCAUCUUAGUUAGAAAAAAUACAUUUAUCUUUGUUAAAACUGCAAUUUUUAUAUAAUUAUUCACUUUCGCGGCAUUAUGGGCCGUAUCACCUCAUUAUAAAGUCCAUUUUCACUAUUAGGACAACCACAUUUUUUCUCUAUUUAUGUAUUCGUUUGAUUUCUAAGUGUUUAUUUAAAUCGAAUUUAAAAUGGUGAUUGCAAGUGAUAAUAAUAUAAAUGGCGGCCUAAUUUAACAGCAAAUGGGUUUUAUUAUUUAUUUUAGAAUUAUUGUUUUAUGUAUCACAUUCCAGGCCAAUAUAUUUUUGUAUUUGUUUAAAGCUGUGUGUUCAAUACGCGAAGAAUUGACUGGUAAUGUCUUUAUAAUGAGUUCAAAUAUACAACUGAAGUCGCGUUGUCUAUGUUUUUGUGUUUUUGGACUACUGAGAUUAAUGAAUAGCUUUUUUAAAGCUACGUCUUACAUCAUUCUCAAUUGUCAUUUUAACACUAUCAACACGUGUUGUCGCAAGCAAUUAUGGACGAAACUACAUUGGCAAUGAAGAUGACAACCACUUUCUAAUAUUGAACACCCAGCUUAUACUUUAAGUUAAUAUUUCUAAGUCCUCUCUGUUCCUUCAUCAGUAGAAUAUUAUGUAAUGUAGUUCUAACGGCAGAUUUGUAUUACCGAUCUAUCCAUCAAUUUGCGAUUAAAGAUGGAAUUUCAACAUUAGCUCCAUACAAAUUUAUAGUAUUUAAACUGCUUGUAGUUACAAGCAGUCUAAAAGUUUCGCUCUCGUCCCGUGGGUACUACUGCUCGUACAGAGAUAAAAUAUAGCCUAUGUUACUCGGAAAGUGAGUAGAGCUUCCAAAGUGAAAGAUUUUUUUUAUAACGGUUCAGUAGUUCCGGAGCCUGAGCCCUACAAUCAUUUUAAAACCAAAAUAAGCUAGAUCGUCCAGCCAUUCUCGAGUUUUAGUCAGAGAGAGAGAGUUAAUGAACAGCAAUUAAUUUUUAUAUAUAAGAUUUAUAAAUUAUGACAGAUUUCAAUCUGUAAUCGCAAAACUACGGAUAGAUAGCUUAUAGAAAUCCCAAAUAAAUAAACAUGUAGAUAAAUAUACUCGCGGUGGCUAGUUUUGGACAAGAGGGAACAUGUACUGUAAAUUAUGUAAUUUAUCCGUUUCGUUUUGUAUAGAGAGUCAUAUUAUAUACUAACUAUUGUAUCAGUGUAAUAUAAUGUUUAACAAUUUAUUAAUAAAAUGUGUUUAACAUAUUAAA